GUUUAAUGAUUGAUUAUCAUUUAUUAACGCUGAAAGUGGAGAACCAUGCCCAGUUAUGUCAUCGUACGAGCAGCAUAAUGAAACCAUUUGGAAUAAAUAUUCUUAUUUUAUGUUCAUGUUUUACUCCUAUGAAAGUGGACGACGAAUUACAAAAGAAAAUACAAGGCAUGUGUUCAUUUUCCUAUACUGUAAUCACCGAGUCAGUUACAGCCAUAUUUUGGCGGUACCUUUAAACCCUAUUGCUAAUGUUAAUCAUUUCUACUCUGCAUUACAGAAUCCAUAGAUAAGGAACUUAAAAUUAUGGCAGAAAAGGAAGUGAUACAUGUGGACAAAUUAGUCAGGAAACACGUGUUGAAUAAUGUUUGGAUCCGCGACAAGGGAGCAGCGAAUAAAGGAAAAUAUCUUCGCGAUAAACCUAACAUAAAAUGGUCAGGUCAAAAUAUGAACUUAAAUUUUCCAACUAGUAACAAUCUUCAGCAUCCUUUUGAUAUACGGCGAGCCCCAAUCCCAACGAUAGGGAUACCUUGGCCGAAACCACAGAUGUUUGAAACCAGCGCGAAAACAUUCUACAGACUCAGUAAACUUUAUGUAAAGGGAAACCUGUCGACAUGUAGGAUAUUAGCAAAGGCAGUACAACGAUAUCACUCUAUAUUUUACACAUGUAACAAUGUUCAAUUUACAAAUAAUUUAUUUUAUUUGCAAAACGCCAAUUUUGCAUUUUCAAUGUCAAAACCAAAUUUGCGGUACUUAAAGUCACUUAAGUACUUGACAGUGCUUAAUCUUGAUGUUAAGAAGUGUCCGAGUGAUCCAGUUCUUACUUCCGACGAAUCCUAUACACUAAGAACCUCAAAUAAAGAAAUAAAGAUAGAAGCCAACGAGGUGUGGGGUGCUCUCAGGGCGCUAGAGACAUUAAGUCAGCUCAUUUUCUGUAUCGAUAACAAUUUUAUCAUCAGGGGGACUAGGAUAGUAGAUUUUCCUCGAUUUCCUCACAGAGGAAUUCUAAUCGAUUCAGCAAGACAUUUCAUGAGUAAGAAGACGAUAUUUCAAAUGCUGAGUGCAAUGGAGAUGAAUAAAAUGAAUGUUCUACACUGGCAUCUGACAGACGACCAGUCCUUUCCGUACCAGAGUCGGAUAUUCCCGGAACUGAGUAGAAAGGGAGCGUAUCACCCGUCAUUGACAUACACACCAGAGGAUGUGGCGGAAAUAGUGGAAUUUGCCAGGAUCAGGGGCAUCCGGGUUAUUCCGGAAUUUGAUACACCAGGACAUUCUUUUUCGUGGGGUUUUGGCCACCCCGAAUUGCUGACCCAGUGUUUUGACAAUGGACGCCUAAUACCGGGCCAUUUCGGGCCUAUGAACCCGGCAAGAAACACCACAUACACAUUUCUUACAGCGUUUUUUAAAGAGAUUUUAGGUGUUUUUAAAGAUCAGUAUGUGCACUUGGGAAAUGAUGAAGUACCGACCGGUUGUUGGACUACCAACGAAGAAGUUCAACAAUUUAUUUCAGAAAUAAAAGAUAAAUCCCGUUUUAAUAGAAAGGAAAUUGGCGCUUGGAAUUUCUUCACAGAAAAAUUAAUCAGUUCAAUGAAUAAGAUGGCAAGUGAGAGAGAAAAUGGUGUCAAAUUUAUUCUGUGGCAAGAAGCUUUCCAGUCCAAUUUAAAUAUUCCUAUUGACUCGAUCGUUCAAGUGUGGCUUGGUCAGCAGGAUCUCGUGGCAAAAGUGACGAACAGGGGACAUCACGCUCUCUAUUCCUCCUGCUGGUACAUCAACAUGAUAGAAUACGGUGUGGUCUGGCCCAAGUAUUACCUAUGUGAUCCCGUGGGUGACAGUUUUUCUGGAAACCCCGCCUUGGUGUUAGGAGGAGAAGCCUGUCUAUGGAGUGAAUACAUUACCAGCGAGUCUGCCGUCAGUUUGCUCUGGCCGAAGGCAUCAGCAGUUGCGGAGAGGUUGUGGAGCGACAAAUCACUCAGGAAUAUUAAUGAAGCAGCCCCGAGAUUAGAAGAACAUCGCUGCAGAAUGUUAAGACGAAAUUUGCCUGUGGGUGAUAUUAACGGACCAGGUUUCUGUGCAUUUGAAAGCGAGGAAAAACAAAGUUUAUCAGGCAACACUUUUAAGAGUCAACAAUUACAUUCGAUACAAAAAACUAGCACACAGGGACUCUUCUGGAUAUCAGCAUCACUAAUAGCUUUCGGAAUUUUCCUGGUUUCUUUUUUCGCACGUAAAUCUCACUCAAAGAAAUGUCGACGCUUUAAAACACGUACAAGGUUAUGCUGUCACUAAAAAGAAGAUAAAAACAAGAGAUUUGAGGAACUGAUUGAGGAGUCAAUGAAGAAAUAUUGGAAUAUUUCAUAGAUUCAACAUUUCUGUUCAUUUUACAUCAAUAUACUUGAAUACUUCUCUCAAAUAGAGAAUUAUUAUAUUGAAUUCUAAAUGCUGAAUGCAUUUAAAAUAUU